CGCCGCCGAGCAAGCAGGGAAGGGAGCGCUGGAGGAGCUCCGCGGCGGCCGCAGCGCGCCCGCCCGCCCCGGCUGCCGCCCGCAGAAGAUGCACUUCAGCACCGUCACCAGGGACAUGGAAGCUAUCUCCAGCCCCUGGCUCACCCAGCUGUCCCAUUUUUGCGAUGUUGCAGCUUUCACGGCCAACAGCCUGAGCAGCCUGAACGCCUCCGGGGGGUACCACCUCUCCCCCUCCCCGGGGGAUCCGUACGGACAGCAUGAGCCGCCGCACUACGAGCCCUGCACGGCUCAGCAGCACCCGCACCCGCCGCCCCAGCCCCAGCACGGCUAUCCUUUCGGCGGGGCGGCGGCCGGGACCAACCCGCCGCCCCCAGGCCCCGAGCAGCCCGAGGGCGCCGGGGGAGCCGCCGCGGGGCCGGCCGCCGUCUCGGGCUGCUCCGCGGGGGCGGCCGCCGCGGCCAAGGCGCCGGUGAAGAAGAACCCGAAGGUGGCCAACGUGAGCGUCCAGCUGGAGAUGAAGGCGCUGUGGGACGAGUUCAACCAGCUGGGCACCGAGAUGAUCGUCACCAAGGCAGGCAGGCGCAUGUUCCCCACCUUCCAGGUGAAGAUAUUCGGCAUGGACCCUAUGGCUGACUACAUGCUGCUCAUGGACUUCGUCCCCGUAGACGACAAGCGAUACCGGUACGCCUUCCACAGCUCCUCCUGGCUGGUGGCCGGCAAAGCCGACCCCGCCACCCCCGGCAGGGUCCAUUACCACCCGGACUCCCCGGCCAAAGGGGCGCAGUGGAUGAAGCAGAUCGUUUCCUUCGAUAAGCUCAAACUGACCAACAAUUUGCUGGACGACAACGGCCAUAUCAUUUUGAACUCCAUGCACAGAUACCAGCCGCGUUUUCACGUGGUCUACGUGGACCCCCGGAAAGACAGUGAGAAAUACGCGGAGGAGAACUUCAAAACCUUCGUCUUCGAGGAGACGCGUUUCACAGCCGUGACCGCCUACCAGAACCACCGGAUCACCCAGCUGAAGAUCGCCAGCAACCCUUUUGCCAAGGGAUUCAGAGACUGCGACCCUGAGGACUGGCCCAGGAACCACAGGCCAGGGGCUCUUCCUCUCAUGAGUGCUUUUGCCAGAUCCCGGAAUCCAGUCUCUUCCCCAGCCCACCAGAAUGGGACAGAGAAAGAUGCUGCCGAGAGCCGGCGGGACUUCGAGCGGGAGGCGGGCGGGCCGGGGCUGCACCAGGCGGAGGCCGCGCACCAGCAGCUCAUGUCCCGGGUGCUCAGCCCCGCGCUGCCCGGCGGCCCCGGCGCGCUGGUGCCGCUGUCCGGGCCGGGGGGCGGCCGGCCGAGCCCCCCGCACCACGAACUGCGCCUGGAGCCCGCCGCGUCCGAGCCGCUGCACCACCACCCCUACAAGUACCCGCCGGCCGCCUACGACCACUACCUGGGCGCCAAGAGCCGGCCCGCGCCCUACCCCCUGCCCAGCAUCCGCGGGCACGGCUACCACCACCACCACCACCACCACAUGAACGCGGCGGCCGCGGCGGCCGCCAACAUGUACUCGCCGGCCGGGGCGCCCGCGGGCUACGAGUACGGACCGCGGUAACGGGGCCGCGGGACCGGCCCCCCACGGACACCGCCCGCCCGCCGCCCGCGCCUCCCGCCCCUCCAGCCACCCGAUAGGCCGGCACCACCUGAUGGACAGCUGCAGCGCCCAAUCAGCGGCAGCCGGGCGCACGCGGGCCGUGAGGGGCCGGGGCCGCCAUCGCGGACGGAGCCGUGAGGGGUGACCCGCCCGGCGGGGGCCGUGAGGGCGGCGGUGCCGGGGCCGCCAUCGCGGAGAGACCGCGGCUGCACUUUGAUAAA